AUGGAUUUCGAGAGCGGAGAUUUGCUUCAAGGUUUAGGAGACCAGCGAGGUGGUGAAAGUAAAUCUGGCUCAUUUCUAGGCACAAAAUUUUCCAAGACAGAAGGGAAACCUUAUUCAGAUGUGCAUGCCUAUAGAAGACUUCUUGACAGGUUACUAUAUCUAACCAAUACAAGACCAAAUUUAUGUUUCGCUAUUAGUACUCUCAGUCCAUUUCUUUCCAAUCCUUUGGAAGAUCACUAUGCAGCAACAAUAAGGAUCCUGAGAUAUAUCAAGAACAAUCCAGGACAAGGAUUAUUCUUUCCCUCCAACACAGAACAUGCUCUCAAGGCUUUUAGUGAUUCUGAUUGGAAUGCUUGCCCUGACACUAAAAGGUUUGUGACUGGUUUUAAUGUGUUCUAUGGUGCAUCAUUAAUCAGCUGGAAAUCCAAGAAGCAAGGUAUUAUAUCUAGAUCAUGA